AAACACCCGUAGAAGGCCGGCAGGGUACCCGGGUACCCACGAAAUUGAAAUGAUCAUAUCUUAGCGAUUUUUCCACCGAUUUUAACCUUCCGUAACUCGCGCGGUUGACUACCUGCGUCAGCACCACGCUAAUGCUGAGUAGAAAUAGCGAGAUUUUUUCAACGUGUUGUACAAAAUACAACGGCGCGAUCGCUCGAGGGUUAAAAGUUUUUGCCUCAUUCAACUCAGAAACUCAUUAUCUAUCGAGACCUUAUUUGGUUGGACCGGUCCGAUCACCAUAGGUACCGGAAAAUCCGGAUUUCCGGAUCCGUGCUUUUAUACAAUACAACAUACGGGAUUUUCGGUAGGUUAGUAGCAAUUUCGGUACCAAGCAUCGUAAAAUUGCUUUGCCAUAUUGUAUCUGACCGGCCUGGAAUCAUAAAACCUGUUGACUUUGAAACUGUGAUUUCGGAACACGCUUCCCGUGAGGCCAUGGUUGACCAUAAACACUUUAAGGUAUCCUAGCCUUAACAAUGUGGGUUUCAAUAUGGUAUAAAGACAUGCUCCCAAAAAUAUGGAUUUUCCGAAAACCACGGUGAUUAGAUCGGUCUAACCAAAUAUUUUCCCGAUAGAUGAUGAGUUUCUGAAUUGAAUGAGCUAAAAAUUUCCAAAAUCGAUGGAAAAUUGACGGAGAUAUGAUCAUUUCAAUUUCGUGGGUACCCGGGUACCCUGUCGGCCUUCCACGUAAUAAAAAAUGCAGGAGCCCCUCCCCCUGCCCCUCCUCACUUUAAAAUUUGGUCAACCCCAGUAAUAGAUGUAUAUUCACGAGUUCUAAGAUCUAACAGAGUUCCAACAUCCUAGUCUCAAUAACCAUUAAAAUAUCGAGAUUUGAAAUUGAAAAAGGUACCCGGGUACCCUGCCGGCCACAUAAGUGUUAAAAACCUCACCAUCUGAGGCUAAACUCAAUGCAAAGGAAAUCAAAUUGGGUUAGGGAUCCAUGUAUGUACUAACUCUUCGAAGACUGGAAAGUGCUAGUACGCAAGGAACAUACUAGAAUCCUUAUUGCUGAACACAUGUUCCAUUAUUGGAAUGAUAUUGCUGCUAAUGUUAAAACCCAGCUCCUACUGGGGAGAAUUUAGCAGUAAAACAAGGGUGAUGCUAGGUUUUCUAAGAAAACAAAACAAAAACUGUAUCAACAUCGAUACUUUAUUGUCCCUCAAUGGCAACAUGGCCCCGAGUAAUGCAACAUGCACUACACUAAGGAUACGGGUAAUGUCACAAUAGAUCUAAAAACUGGUCGCAGUGACAAACCCGAAUAGGAAUAAAAAAAAAUGCUAAAUACUAAAAUACUAAAAGUUUGUACUUAUCUUGAUUGCUCCGGACAAUUUCCGUUUGUAUUGGGGAACUUCGUAAGUGUACCAGGAAAGGUUGUCUUCAAAAAUAUGGCGUUUUCUGGAAUAAAAAAAUAAAUAAAAGGAAAUACUGGGCCACGGCCCAUUUAUAUUAGUAUAAUGUUUAUAACAAGUGUUAAAAUUUAGAAAAUACAAUUCUUAAUCAGUAUAAAUAAUAAUUACUAGGUUCUACUUCAUAGGGGUAGUAGGGGCAAUAUGACCAUACGGGGCAAUAUGAGCCACCCUGAAUUUGGCCUUAUUAUCAAGUUUUGUUCUGUUCAAAGCCUUAGGAUCUUUUAUAGAGUGCUUCAAUCAUGUCUCACUGUAAAAACCGUACCAAAAUUCGAUUCUGAAAUGCAAAUAUUAAUGAAAAUGCAAUUUUUUGCUACGAACGCAAAAAUGUUAUAAGAUUUAAUACUCCAAAAUAAGCUUUUAACAGAUAACUCCCUACUGCCCAGGUAAAUAUUCCAUUACAGUUUAUACUCCUACUAUUACUGAGCAGUUUGUGAACAAGUCUGCAUUUUUUUCGAAACUGAAAUAACAAUAAAACAUGAAUUUUCCGAAACUAGUCUCUACGGGGCAAUAUGGUCAUACCUUCUCGGACCAACAUGAUCGGUUUUAUUUUGUAACCUAACCUCAAAAUUUUGCUGUCAAAACAUGAACAUUAUCUGCAGUACCAUGGUUCAUUACUGGUGUGAGGUUACAAGCGGCGAUCGGAACGAAAAAAUUGGUCACAUAGCAGCCUGAACGCAGCCAAGACACAGCCGCCACUACAGAUUACAUCCCAAUCUCAAACGUUGAAUGAAACCGGAUAUUUGCGGUCUUCGCUUGGAACGAAGGAACCGUCCAUAAAUGACGUAGCUGUAACCGUUUGGUUACAAAUUGUAGAUUUUUGUUUUGUAUUAUAUGUUGAGUGUCGGACCCUUCACGUUUCUUGUGUAAGAUCAGUAGAAGUACCACAGAAGCGUUAGGGUCCCGUGCCGCUGUAACUGUGUAGUUUCGCUACCAAAAUCAAACAUGGAUGGAAUAAUGAGCAAGUGGAGCGAAAUGUUACAUACCAUGAUGGUAAAAAAAUGACGGAAGAGGGAAUUUGGGAUGAUAAGAGAGAGCACGGCCAUUGCUUAAAACUGGGCUCAGAAAAAUCAGACGUCCGUGCGCUGAAGACGUGAUUUCCGUAGUGCAGUGGUUAAAGUGAACGAGAAAUUCAAGAAACCCCCCCCCCUUGAGAGGAGUCAAGGGAUUGAAUGGGAAUUAAUACCGUUAAGGACCUCUUUUGUAUGGACCUUUAGAGUCUACCGUCCAGCACACGGUUCGGCCCGCGGAACCGGGAACGGUUCCCGCGCCUAACUUGUAAAGGAGCCACACCGUCCUUCCGGACGGACUCUCGGGCACAGGCCCUAAUCGUAAAGGAGCUUUCCCCUCUCGGCCGUCCAAGGUGGUUAGCCCACGGCCGGCCGAUUGCGCCCACGAGGGAAGACGCCUGCAUACCCCCCCCCCCCCAGCAACGCCCGCUGGUCCCGUCGGCCGAGUACCGGCCCCGCUCGCCUUGCCAUCCGGCGAGAUUUCCGGCCGCACAGCUGGACAGGAGUCGCUGUGUCGGCCACCAAACGCGCCAUCAACUAGAAGCAGCGGUAUGUACCGGUACGUCCAACUAGCAUAGGUUACACUUAACAAAUUAACACUCAAAUUAUACACAGAACAACACGCACACUCAACAAAUAGGACUUUUAAUAAAUAUGUAAGUAAUGUGAAGGAUCUGUGUUAUUAGUUUUUGUAUCGCGAAAAGACCUUGAUUACACAGUAGCUAGCCGACCCUGGGAUUGCCGGAGAGUCUCUUGUGUCUUGAGUCGGCCCGGCACUGAUAGAUUGUCGAUUAGUUUCACUUGGCACCCAGCCAAAAGUCCGCGAAAGGUAAUCAAGGGACCGAAGUAGUAUACAAAAAUCUAACGAUUUUUGCCGACGGGAGGUGGCAGGGAUACGUGCUUGCACGUAUGUCUCGCCCCUUACGCACUGUCCUAAACUCAGGUGAUUUAACUGUGAUAUUACGAAGCUUUUGCUUCAAAAGAGGUCCUGAGCACAUCACGGACACAUUUGCUCUUGAUUUUCGUUUUUACCGUCCGAAAAUUCUUUGAUGUUGGCAAAUUUUGUGUUUCGUAAACCGUUUAUGUAUUGACGCAACAUAUAUCAUAAUUGAACUUCACUGUUUUUGUCCAAUCAUAAUGACAACACACGCACACUAUUCAUUUUAAUCUGUUUGUUUUGUUACGUCACUAUGUUUUUCGAUUUCAUUUUACCCUACUGACCCACAACACACACUGAUUCUCAUUAUGACUCGCAAGCGGCGAGCAAAGGCUAAAGCCAAUUAUAAACCAAUCAAUUGGCAGUCGUCGACGUACGAUGCGGACGAGUCGGACUUAGAGGAAUGGUUUGAAAUGCCUCGUCCGUUGCUCUCGACGCAUCCUAACUACCCGCUAGAGGAGUUAGAGCUGGACCUCGAAGAGACUUUGCAUACCAUUCGGGAGCAAAGGACUUCGGGGGUGAUGAUGCCAGCAGACGUCAUAAAAAUUAAAAGAAUCAUUUACGUGUUUAUGCGUGACAUGAACAUCAUCACAUGCGAUGCAAAUUCUCGCUAUUUGCCCCCCAGCGCGACAUGCGAGUAUAGGGCGCCGGAGUCAGAACCAGAGGAAGAGAUCGAGUUGAUCAUCCCUAGUUCUGAUUCCGAAGACUUCGAAAUGUCCUUCAGCGAGCCCGAAUCUGAUUCGGAAGACCUGCUUCAGGUAGAAAUGGGAACGAAAAGAAGCCCAAUGUCACGCUAUUCUUCCGGUUAUUUUACUCCCGAUUUUGACACCAGUAAGUCGGUGCUUCAAUCUUCUAAAAUUCCCCGAGACUUACCUGGUGAAGCUUUCCAUUCUUCAACUUCACAAACUUCGAACCCCGAAUCCCUCCGAAAGCAGACCCGGUCGUUCAAGAUCCGGAAAAAGGCCAACCUAAACCUUCGAGCGGAACCUACGGCCAAAGAACUGUGCAGCGAAAACCUUCUUCGAUUUUUGGAACCCAUCCCUUCUUUGAACAAUCCCAGUUCCGGACGCACACCUGGAACCUUGCCUGGAACCCACCAGAAAAGAUUUUCAUUCAAUAGAAAAAAGAUAAAACUCAGAAUUAAAGUUUUAUAAAUCAUUUAUUUAUCUUUUCUUUUCAAAUUCCACUUUUCGGCAGUUUGCCGGUGAUCCAACGAUGCGCCGGAAUAACGAGUUGUGUCCCCGAUCGUCUGAUGGUGAACACCGCUGAAAGU